AUGCCUCAGCUCAUGGGAGAAGUCCCCCUCCUCACCCUCUUCGCCGAUGUCCACUACUACUUCAGCCCCCCCACCGCAAGACCUCUGCACCAUCGAUUCGAUAAGACCUCCUACGUCUAUCUAUACCACCAUCCUGCCCAGGGUCGUGGGCGCCUCGAGAUCGCCAACAACGCUGGUACGGCAGAGCAAGAUGCUUUCAUGGGAUACCUGGAUACCGUGCAGGUGGACCGCUCAUACAAGCAUCCAAAUCUCUAUACUAUCACCAUAGACGGCCGCGCUGCGGCGAAUGGUCAUUCCUCCCCCAGCCCGCAGCAGGACAUGUCGCAAUGGCACCUACCAACGUACGAUCUGCGGAGCGAGGCCAAGUACAUGUACAGACUACACAGCAUCGAUCUCUACUUCUGGACAGCAGACGACGCCGACAAGUUUCUUGAGGCGCUGAAACGAGUGGUGCCAGAGGACCGGAUACGGCUGCGCGACAGGUCGUCUUCACACUACGAACACCGAGAUACAAUGAGUCCUGUGGUGCAGAAGCUUGAGCAGGUGGCCAUCUCCAAGCCAUACCAGGGGCGGACUGCCAGCGUCAGUACCACAAAAUCUUACCAAGGCCCUCCAACAGCGGUAUCCACAUCCAGCACAAGCACCAGCGCCACGUCCCCUCCCUCUACCGAAGCGCCUCCGCAUUAUGCGCCAAUGGCCUACAACCCCGCCGCUCCCGCAGCGCCCGAACCCAUUGCGCACCGCGAGAAGACGCCGCCUCCCCCCGACGCGCAAAGUGGCACCGGGCUCGCCGCCGCAGCCCAGCACGACCACAGCAGCCCCUAUAACAGCCCUCCGCAAGCGCAGCAUCCAUCGUACCCUCAAUACCAGCAGCAAUUCCACCCCAGCGCGCCGCACAGCCAAUCCAACCACUCCUUCUCGCCUCCCCUCCAGCGCGCCAGUACGGCGUCCUCGUUCCCUCCGCCGCCGCCCCCGCAGCAGCCCAGCAGCGCCGGCCCACCGACCACCCAACACGCCUUCGCGCCGCCGCCCGCAGAUCCCUACAGCCAGCCAGCUCAGCCAGGCCAGCAGCCGGCCCAAAUGCUACGCCAGCACACCACGCCCGCGUCCUACGCCCCGUACCCCCAACAACAGCAGCAGCAGCAGCAGCAACCCUACACAGACUACGCCCACCCACCCCUCCAGCCCCCCGGCCCCCCCCCCCCCAACCCCGCCGCAGGCGCAAUGCUCGGCCCGCACGCCCCUCCCCCUCCCACCCAACCCCAGCACAUCCCGCACGUGCAGUACGGCCAGUACGGCUCCUACGGCCAGCCCCAGCAGGCAGAAGCCUACAACGUCCACAGCCAGGCGUACAGACCCUCAAAGGCGGAAGCCGCGUACGGACACCACACGGAGGAUAACCAUGGCGCGCAGGCUCCCGGGGCCGCGCCGCCGGCGGGGGGGAGGUUGGAGCAGGGGCUUGGGAAGGUGGAGAAGGGGGUUGGGCGGUUUUUAAAGAGGUUGGAUAAGAAACUUUAG